AUGCAACCAUUUUGGGAAGGCUCCGAAGCACUUGACAAAUAUCAAAAACACAUGGAAAACAUAUGUAAAACAAUGAAGGGUGACGGUCAUUGUGAUGCGAUGCUAUUGCAGUUACGUCAUAGUACCAGUGAACUCGAGUACUACAACCGCAUGUUGCUAGGUAAACAAACCGAGCACGACAGACAGAAACGAGGGCUUAUCAAUGGUGUCGGGUAUCUCGCGAAUAGUCUCUUCGGAGUACUCGACGACCAUUUCGCAGAAAAGUAUGAGCGAGAUAUCACACUCGUCAGACAGAAUGAAUAUCAUUUGGCUUCCCUGUUCAAGAAUCAAACGUCUAUUAUCGAAGCGGAAUACAACAUGAUGAAAAGAAUGGAAGAAGUUAUGAGAAAACAGCAUAAGAUUAUCAACAAACAGAUUAGUGCUUUAGACUGCAACAUAAACAAAGUAAAAACAGAAUUGGAAAAACUUUAUAACAUCAACCAAUUUUUGGCUAUGUCUGUCAUAGCGAACAAUUUACUGCUGAACUUGAAAGGCAUACAAAACAUGAUGACAGACGCUAUCACCGAUAUAUAUCAUGGAAGGUUCGAUGUUCAUCUCAUAAGCCCUACUCAGUUGAGAAAUGAACUGAACACAAUAUCUGGACAAAUACCUAAAGACUUGACCUUACCUAUAUCAAACAUACAAUCAGAUUUUCAAAAAAUAUAUCAGUUUCUUCAAGUGAAAACAAAGAUGACCAAUAAGUACUUGAUUUUUGAAAUCAGAUUACCAUUGGUCAGCCGAGAUAAUUACAACCUAUACAGAGUUAUACCGAUUCCUCAUAAACGGACAAACAAUUUUGUGAACAUUAAACCGAUUGCAGAUUACAUUGCAAUUAAUUUAGAAAAGGAUAUCUACAUCCCAAUGACAUCUAUCGAUUUACAAGAGUGUAUUAUGUACGAUUUUUCAGCACAUUUAUGCCACCUCAAACACCCCAUAUACCAAAGAAAUUCAGAUGAAGAUCUGUGUUUGAAAAAUAAUUACACAAAUCAGUGCCAAAUAAACAUCGCCGGGUGCAGUAACAUGUUUAUUCAAUUAAAUAAAGCGAACAAUUACUUAUUUACAACGUGCGACAAAUGCAACGUAAGAAUUUUUUGCGGUGAUCAAAUUACCGUGGAACGGCUGAAAGACGCCGGGGUCAUCGCGCUGGAACCCGGUUGCUCAAUCAAAAGUGAAGAAUUAUCAAUCUAUACGCACAAAAUAUUUACGAGUGAAUUGAAAACCGGACCUGAAAUUUAUACGCCUGAAAUCGCUGCUAUUAACCAAAUUAUCAAGCUCUCUAUCCCAGAAACAGGAGAAUUGAAAAAAGACGCUGACAGUUUCCAAGCCAACCUAACCACCUUGAACGAAAACAUCAAACACCUAAAAUCCCAAAAUGUGAUCGCUGAAAACAUAACAUUCCAUGACAUACAUCAUUACGUCGCGAUUUACAUCCUGGUGGGAGUGGCUGUGAUAGCUGCUAUAUGCCUUGCCUGCAAACGACUACGACUAAGAAGAAACACGGCUAUCACUUCAAGUAUUAGCCUCGAUAACAUAACUACGGAAGGUCUAAGCUCCGCUCCUGUGGCUGCGCUGGCCGCCCCGAGAGCGCAGCGCGCCGCUGCAGUGCCCGCCCCGAGAACGCAACCCGUCGCCGCCAGCACCGAGCGUGCGUCCUCACCCGCGGUCCCGAACGCGUUCAACACUCAAGACCGAGCAACAUCUCCUAUAUUGCGAACUCUCAUUCUUAAACGCGAUAAAGAAUAA